GGCCCUAGGCUACGAAUCAACCAUCCAACUGCAGCUGACGCCUUCUGUGAUCCCCGAAACACUGCGCAGGAUAUACCUCAGGAUUACCAUCGAGGGCAUCCUGUUCGAAAAGACCUUUGAGGCGGAUCCUGAUAUUAAGUUUACCUACGCGUGGAACAGACUCAAUGUAUACAGGCAACGUGUUUACGGCGUGACCUGGGCGGUGGUCAAGGUCGGCUUCGCUUACAGCAACUGCGACCAGGUCAUCUGGGACGCGCAGACAACCCAGGUCUCGGGUCAUGACAUGAGUAUCUCAGACAUCGGCGGCUGGGACCUGUCCAUCCACCACAGAUACAAUUUCCAUGAAGGAAUCCUGCAGAAGGGCGACGGGCGCAACAUCCACCUGAAACAGAAGCCACGAGUCCUGAUGACACUGAUGGGCGAUGGGCACCAGAGGGAGGUGUCAUGCAGGUCAUGCGACGGCCCGGCUGACAAGCAGAGGCUCCUGACGUCAGCUGCCCUCGCCCCAGGCCCUGACGGCUCGCUGUACAUCGCUGACUUCAACCUCAUCCGCAGAGUCAUGCCUGACAACACCGUCAAGACCGUUGUGAGGCUGAACGAGACGCGCGUGUCCUACCGCUACCACAUGGCCGUGAGCCCUGUGACGGGCGAGGUCUACAUCAGCGACCACGAGGCGCAUCUCAUCCUGAAGGUGCGCGACCCCGACGACUUCUCGCGGCCCGAGGACAACUACAUGCCGUACGUGGGGUCCGGCGAGCGCUGCUUCCCCGGCGACGAGGUGGGCUGCGGCGACGGCUCGCUGGCGCGCGACGCCAAGCUGCAAUACCCGAAGGGCAUGGCGGUGUCCUUGGACGACGUGCUCUACUUCGCCGACGGCACCAACGUGCGCGCGGUGGACGCCGACGGCAUCAUCAACACCGUGAUCGGCACGCACCGCCACCGCGCGCACUGGCGGCCGCUGCCGUGCGAGGGCACCGUGCCCGUGUCGGAGGUGAGCCUGCGCUGGCCCACGGCGCUGGCCGUCAGUCCGCUCGACGACUCGCUCUACGUGCUCGACGACCACCACGUGCUGCGCCUCACGCGCGACGGCCAGAUCAAGGUGGUGGCGGGGCGGCCGCUGCACUGUCCUCCGCUCAGCCACGACGCGCCGUCGGACCUGGCGGCGCACACCACGCUGCGCUCGCCGCAGAGCCUGGCCUUCGCGCCCAACGGCGACCUGUACAUCGCCGAGAGCGACAACGAGCGCAUCAACCGUGUGCGCGUGAUCGAGACGGACGAGCGCAUCCACGACUUCGCCGGCGCCGAUUCCAAGUGUAACUGCCAGGAGGAGGCGUGCCCGUGCUACGACGAGUCGCACGUGCUGGCAGCGACGGCCGUGUUCUCGACCAUCUCGGCGCUGGCCGUGACGCCCGACGGCGUGGUGCACGUGCUGGACCAGGGCAACCUGCGCAUCCGCUCCGUCACGUCGUCCAUCCCCGAGCCCAACGCCGAGCGCCUCUACGAGAUCUACUCGCCGGAGACGCAGGAGGUGUACGUGUUCAACCGCUUCGGCCACCACACGGCCACGCACAGCAUCCCCACGCGCCGCACCAUCUACUCGUUCGCCUACAACGUCAACACGAGCAACGGCAAGCUGUCCACCGUGACGGACGCCGGCGGCAACCGCGUGUCGUUCCUGCGCGACUACACGGGCCACGUGUCCAUGGUGGAGAACUCGCGCCAGCAGAAGUGCCGCCUGCAGAUGUCGCGCUCGCGCUUCCUCGAGUUCUUCGUCACGCCCGACGAGCACAACGUCACGCUCACCUACCACGGCGCCUACGGCCUCCUGCGCUCGCGCAUGGACUCCACGGGCCGCGCGCACGUCUACACCUACGACACCUACGGCCGCCUGACCCGUGCCGUCACACCCUCCGGCCAGGUCAUCGAUCUGGCCUUUGACCUGAGCCAGAAGGGCGCGCGCGUCACGCUGACCCGCGACGGGACGGCGCCGAUCACCAUGCUUAUCAAGGGCGCCCUCGUCACGGAGACCAUCGGUUCUGCCUCGAGCGUGACGGCGCAGCUUCCCGACGGCUCCGUCGUGACGCGCACCGCCUGGGGGCACCACAUUGCCACCGAGACCGUGCCCUACACCCUCCUGCAGGACCACACGCUCGCGCACUCCUACCCCGUCUCUGGCAGGCAGCGCACUGAGAUCGGCAAUGAGCUCGUCAACAGCUUCGACUGGAAAUACUUCGUGGAGGCUGGAGAUCGCCAGGGACCCGUGACGCAGGUGGGCCGCAAGAUGAGGGUGAACGGCGAGGAUCUGCUGACCUUCAAGUACGACCUGUACACCGGCACGGAGGCUGUUCUAAACGAGGUCGGGGCCACGCUGCUCAACGUGACCUAUGACCCUCUCGGCCGCCCGCUCAAGUGGACGCCCGCGCAGCCCUUCCUGCCGGUGCAGCUCAAGUACAACCGCUUCGGCCAGCUGGAGGAGUGGACUUGGGGCGACAUGAGGGAGCAGUACUCCUACGACCGCGCCGGCAGGUACGAGGGCGUCACCUACGCCGACGGCACGCGGAUCAUGUACUCCUUCAAGGACCUGUCCAGCGUCAAGCCGUACAAGGUGAGCGUGGCGUCGGGCAGCGAGCACCUUCUGGAGCACGACGAGGGCGGCGCCCUGUCGGCCGUGACGACGCCGCGCGGCCACAAGUACACCUUCCACGUGCAGCCUUCGCUGCUGCACAACCGCUUCAGCUUCACGCCGCCCGGCUCGCCUCGCCACCCGUACCAGCUCUUCUACAGCGACGACGGCAAGAUCCUGGCGGAGGUGCUGCCCCACCAGGCGAGCCGCGUCAUCUACCACCACGACAACACCGGCCGCCUGCACCUGCAGAUCUUCGGCGACGGCUCCGUGGAGUACGGCUACCACCCCGAGACCGGCCUCAUCCGGACCGUGUCGGUGCGCGAGCGCGGCUUCGAGCUGCGCAGCGACAACAGGUACCACGGCGGCCUCGUCAAGGAGCAGCGGAUCCGCUACGGCUCGACGGCCGUCCUCGACUCGGCCAAGCUGCGGUUCCUGUACGACGGCAACGCUCGCCCGCGCCGCGUCGAGGUCGAGAUCAACGGCAAGGAGCAGCCGGACUACGACAUGAAGUACAACAUCAUCCUGGGCACCCUGGACAGCGUGGGCGACAUGAAGGUCACGUCGUCGUACCACAACAAGACCGUCAUCCAGGACGUGCGCAAGAUCAUGCUGCGCGUCACGGAGUUCGACCCGCACGGCCGCGUCGUCGAAUCGGCGCUCACCGUGCGCAGCCGCCUCGUCUACCGCAACCGCUACGGCUACGACACGCGCGGCCGCCUCGCCACCAUGUCCACGUGGCGCGGCCCGGGCACGGACGAGAAGCGCACCAACUACACCUACACUCCCGACGGCUUCCUGCAGGCCGUGGACGGCGCCGACUCGUGGCAGUUCCGCUACGACGCCAACGGCAACAUGAUCGCCGUGGUGGAGGGCGGCCGCGAGAUGACGGCCACGUACGACGGCGCGGACCGCCUGGUCGGCUGGGGCGACGUGGAGCUCAACACGUACUCGCCCGGAGGCGCCGUCGUGCGCCAGGGCGAGGUCCACCUCAGCUACAGCGCCAGGGGGAACCUCAAGUCCGCCUGGCAGCAAGGCCAGUACAAGGUGUGGUGCAGGCACGACCACCACGGACGCCUGGCGGUGUGGGAGGACGACCACGGCAAUGUGACGCAGUUCUUCUACGCCGACCUGCGCCGCCCCGACCUCCCGACGCACAUCCACUACCCGAAACGCGGUGUGACACAUGCGCUAGAGUACGAUGAGCGCGGCCACCUCAUGGCCAUCCACACGGGCAAGCGGCGCCUGUGGAUCGCCACGGACCACCUGGGCUCGCCCGUGGCCGUGUUUGACGACUCAGGCGUUCUGGUCAAGGAGGUCGUGAGGUCUCCGUGGGGCGCCACGCUCACCGACUCCCGCCCCGACCUCCUCCUGCACGUGGACUUCCAGGGAGGCCUUCGGGAUCCCGUCACGGGAUUCAUCGUCUUCGGCCUCCAUACGUACGACCCCGUGCAUGCCAUGUGGAUGGCUCCGAGGUACGACCUGGUCACCAGCGCCCCCGACCACGUUGGGGCCGUCUACGUGCACCGCUUCCACGACAACGACCCCGUCAACCCGAUCAACCGACACCCCAACCACUACACAGACCUGAACAGCUGGCUGAAGCUGUACGGCGUGGACCUGUCGCGCAUGCUCGGCUCCAGCUACCACGACGAGACGGUGGAGCGGCAGGAGGGAGGCCUCCUCCAGGCCCGCCAGCUGGCUCCUUCCCUCCGCGUGAUUUCCGGCCUCUCUUGCUCCACGGAAGGCGUCCUUCGGCAGUUCUCGCAGCCGUCUCUGCUGCCGGAGUCCCUGAUUCGGUCUGACGCCCCUGCCUGGGCGAUCCCCGGCUGGGACGCCCUCGGCCGCUUCAUGUCGUCGCCGCCCAUGCUGGGUCCGGGCGUGAUGGUGUCCCGCGUGGAGGGGCGCGCCGUGGUCACGCUGGUGCCGUCCAGGGAGAACUCGGUGGUGCAGGACGUGGCGCGCGACGUCCUCAACGGCUCGGCGCUGCUCGACGUCACCCUCACGCACCACCGCCACCACACGCUCUACCUCGUCAAGGAGAACGCCGCCCUGCGCCAGGAUGACCUGCAGCAGCUGCAGCGCCUCAGCGGCCGCUUCAACGUGACGUCGCGGGACGAGGGCGAGCACCACGAGAUCCGUGUCGUCGGCAACGACGUGUCGCUCGUCCUCAUGUACGGCACGGACGCCCCCAACGCCCGCCACCGCCUGCUGCGCCACGCCCACCGCCACGCCGUGACGCGUGCGUGGGAGAUGGAGCGGCUGCUGGCGGAGCGCGGCUCGCCCACGCGCCACGAGUGGUCGGUGGAGGAGCGCGGCGAGCUGGUGAGCAAGGGCAGCGUGAGCGGCUACAUCGCGGCCGACAUCCACUCCAUCCACCGCUUCCCUCUGCUCGCCGACGACCCCACCAACGUGGUGUUCCGGCGCGACACGGGGCGGCGGCGCCGUCGCAGCCGUGACGCGCCGCACUCGUGAUCCCCGGGUGGGGGCGCGGCCCUUGUACAUACCGCUGUAUAGUGUAGCGCUGUGAACCUGUACACACUGUACAAACAGGGUAUUCUCACACAUUGUACACAUCUCUCCGAGCCGGAGACUAAUCCUCACAUGUGAUAGAGGCGAACUGUGUGGCGCAGGUGGUGGCGGCGGCGGCGGCGGCGGCGACCGGCGCUGCUGGGGUGUGAGGCUGUGACGGGGGGAGGGGGGAGGGGACGUAGGUAUGUGUAUAGCGAGCGCAGACGGCGGAGAGAUCGGCUCUGCGUCACACCCCAGGAGCACAGCGUUGCCGGCCGUUGUAUAUAACGUAUGCCCGGCGGGGCCUCGACUCCGCCGGGGUAGUCAAAGGUUCUGCAGUGGUAUAUAAUUUUGCUGCUUAACAUUCCAUCGUGAAUUAUGUACUCUUAUGGACUGACGAGUGUGCAGAGUUGGUGUGGUGCAAAGAGAGACGGCAAGACAUAUAUAUUUUGUACGUUUUUGUUACAAACAUGUCCAUUAUUUAGAGAUACUUAAUGCCAAUUUCUAUUUGAAUGUGUCCCGUGUCCUAGCGAGAUGUCUUAAAGGGAUCAGUCCAGGGCUCAGACUCCAAUCAUAUUAUCUUGUAUAUAUUUAUAAGAGACGCAUAUGAUGUUAGAGAGAGAAAGAGAGAGAGAGAGAGAAAGAGAGAAUGAAAGAGAGAAAGAGAAAAGUAGAUGUAAGAAUUCAAAUAUGACGACGAGUUGUCAUCCUCACCCUCCCAGACUGACAAGCAAAGUUCGCUUGCUAAUGCAUCAACUCAUGAAUUUUAUUAUGCAACAAACAAGUAAAUAAAUAAAAGGAUAGAUUGGUCUCUACGCCCCUGAUGACGUCACGAGCCCUCACCUCCUUAUUUGUUCUGUAGAAAGUCUUAGAGACUAUUUUUGUGACAGGUUGAACCGAGUACGAGGCCAAAGAGGAGGACUAGGAGAUCGACUAAAGCUCAUUUUCCCCAUCGGAACUUCAGGAAAUUGAGCUUUAGUGAUUGAUAUUAUUGGACGAGAGAGAAAAAAAAACGAAAGAAAAAGAGAAAGAAAAUAAUAAUAAUAACACUGGCUGGUCGCACUCGAACCGAAGUCACUCUUCAGAAACAUUUACGCCUGAAAACUGCAAUAAUUAAGCGAAUAUCCCGGUCCAGAUAACGUGGUGUUUCCUCUCUGUGUUCUCUGGUCCACUUAUACGACGUGUAGAUGGCAAUAUUAGUAAUUGGUUGUUUGGCAGUUUGGUCUGGAAGUCGUACCCGCUGGCGGUCGAGGGGGCGUGGCGAGCUCUUGUGUGGGCGGGGCAUUCAGAGCUUCUUCUUCACUCCCUUUUGCACGGUGAUGGGCUGUGCAACGUUGCUACGAUGCAAGAAAGAGAGAGUAUGAGCUGCCAUUCAAGUUAGAUAAGCUUUGUUUCGCAAGAAUUUAAACGCAGCGAGAAAACGCCAUUCGCAAAUUAUUUCUUCUUCCAGAUUUCAUUUCCUCGUUCAUUAUCAACGAUAGAUGAAUCAUCGAAAGAGGCAUUCCUUAAGACACCUUGUCUGCGAGAAAAGAAAAAUAAAUAAAUAAAUAAAGGGAAAAAACAACUCAAGAGCUCGCCAUUUUUCCUCGACUGAGAGUGUGUAUAAACUCCUCUAGUUUACAGUCACAAUAUUGGUGCUUUUUUUCCUAGUUUAGUCUCGUCCCGACACCGUAUGUGAUAAAACGUUGCGGGAAAGAAGAAAGAAAAGAAAAAAAAAUAAUAACAUAAUUAAUUAUUUGAAUUUAUACUCUUUUUUUUUUCUUUGAAUUUCGGUUGGUGCUUUUAUUUAUUUACGUUUUUUUUUUUUUUUUCAAAGAUAUAUAUAUAUAUAUAUGUAUAUGUAUAAUUUCGUAGCUGUGACUCCGAGCGGCAGGACGUUGAAAGACUGCAGCUAUUUUCCCUUCUCCUUUCAUUUGCACAUUUAGGAAAGCUUGGCGCAACCAACAUAUCAACAUCACUUGUAGAAUAGACUGUAUGUUAAUGUGCCAUAGAAUUUACAUUGGUUGCUUGUGCCAAGAGAUUUUUAGCGUUGGGGUAUGUUUUGUACAGGCAAGACAAACAAACAAAAAAAAAAGAAAUGAGUGUUUUAGAUUAGUUCGAAGAUGUGAAUGACAUUACACAUUACUAUAUAUAUGAAUAUAUAUAGAUAUAUAUAAAUACAUAAUUCACGUGCCCUCCCAUCUACCUGCGAUACCUUUACUUACAAAAAAAAAACAAAAGAAAAUCGAGUAAAAUGAAGUUUAGCGAAGUCUCUAUUUCUAUCUACAUGACAUUGAGGUUUGUAUACAUAAAUAAAAUAAUCAAGGCGACAUAUACCCCGAGUGGAACCCCGUUAUAGCGUCCUGGGGGAAGUCCGUGUCCAAAAACCCCGGGAAUUAAAAAAGAAAGAAAGAAAACAAAAGAGAGAGAGAAGAAAAAAAAAAUGUAAAGGACUUCGAUACAAUUUUUGUUUUCGGCGGAAAUCGAGGGAAAAGUGAAAACGUAGAAUUUUUUUUUCUUUCUUUUUAGUCACUGUCUGUGGUGUCGUUAAGUGUAUCGGAUUUUCUGUUACCGAGUGAAAUAUUGUAUAUGACCGUAUGUACAGUGUAUAUAUAUGUGUGUAUGUAUGUAUGUAUGUAUACACACAUACGAUCAGUAAAUCAUGUGAUUAAUUUAGGAAUAUUGUGAUCAUUAACUACUAUAAUCCUGUAAAAAAAGAGAAUUUUUUUCUCUUCUUUUAGAAUUCGCUGACUCUGCCGUGAAGUCAAACCAUUCGGACUGCGAAGCUAUCGGGAUCUCUGUCUCGGACUCUCUCGUUGGUCGUCCUUCAAGGAAAAUCGAUUUUCAUUUCACGAUUCCUUCCCUUUUUCCCUCCUCCCCCUUCCCUCAGUCCCUUUCUUUUCUUCCUUCCUUCCUUCCUUCCUUCUCUCUCUCCCUUCUCUCAGUCCCUUUCUUUUCUUUUCUUUUUCCUUCUCUUUCUCCCUUCCUUCGCUCUCCCCCUUCCUUCUUUCGUUCGUUCCUUCCUUCCUUCCUUCCUUCCUUCCUUCCUUCUUUCCUUCCUUCUUUCCUUCCUUCUUUCCUUCCUUCUUUCCUUCCUCCCCCCUUCCCUCCUUCCCUCCCUCUCCUCUCAUUAUUCUUCUAUUAUAUUUCUCUUAUUUCCAUAUAUUACGCACUCCUCAUUCUAACUUUUGACAAAAAAAUCUUAAGAGAUGAUAACGAUUGAAGGAAGAAAAUAACCUUGCAAAAUCGCAAAAUUCGUCUUCUUUUUUAUUCUAUUUUUUUUUUUUUUUCUGAAGAUAUAAUAAACGAGAAUGAUGAAAUGUCAAAAGGCUCGCAAAAGUUCGUGCUUUUCCCCCCUCCCCGCUCCCUCCCUCCUCCCUCCUCCCUCCUCCCUCCUCCCUCCACCCCUCCUCCUCCUUCCUCCUUCCUCCCUCCACCCCUCCUCCUCCCUCCUCCCAUAAACGACCCAUUUAAAAGCCGCCUUCUUUCAUAACUAUCGUAAUAAAGAUAAGAAUCUUUGGCCAUGUUCUUUGGCCAUAAUUUUUUCUUUUCUUUUCUUUUUUAUGGUAAAGAAUCUGCUACAGCAGGAAUACGACACGUAACUUGCCAGUGUACGAUAAUGCUUGACUGCAACUCUCAAAGAAAAAAAAAACAAUUAUCAACUUGCAUUCUGAUUUUCCCUCCUUUUUCCCUUCACUUAAAUCGCGAAUUCCGUCGCUGUGUGUACAUAUUAUCUGUCACAUUGUAAUAACAUGGGUAACGGUUAUAUUAGCGAAAUGAAAAGUGACAUGUAGUUCUCAUGUUGCAGCCCGGUACUGUACAAGAAAAUAAUAAAAAAAAUAAUCUUGCUUUUGUAUACACCGCGCGGCAUCUUAUCGUACCAGCAGCAAGGCCAUUUGUACAUGCAUUGCAAGGCAUUAUUUCUGGACCUUGUCACAAUAAGAAGAAAAAAAAUAGAAGGUAAUAAAAAGUUAAUAUCUCUAAAUUUUUAAACAUGGUAAAUCAAGCAGUCCCACUUCGAUUAAAAAAAAAAUGAUAAUAAUAAUAAUAAUAAAUUUUAAAAACCAUGACAUGUCGCUGCUUGACCCAAACACUAAAAUCGUAAAAAAAAAAAAAAAAAAAAAAUAUGACGAGCUAAAUUUUUUUUUUCUUCCCAAAUUUUGACAAGGGUUCUUGAUACACAUCCCUCGGACACGUUUGUCGUGCAAGCGUGUACAGGGAACACUCUCCAGAUUUCCAAGACUUUCCAUGUAAUACCAGAUUCUAUGGCCUCAUGUCAGAUUUCCUCUAUAGACAUUUUUCAGACUCAGUCGUCCAGAACUUAGAGAUAUUUAGAUAGUUUUAGUAUUAUACAGCAACAAAAAAUAACCAAUGUUUAUUUUAUGAAGGAGAGGUAGAUAGUUGCACAGGAAUUCUUCACGAGAAGAUGAUUAUGUUUUAUAAAUACAGUAAUCAUGUGAAUUUUAGUCCAAGGAUUUUCAGCUAUGAUGUUAUUUUCCCCGUAUCCUUGAAGUCAUAUAUUUUGUGGGAUUUUUUAAACUGCAAUAUUUAGAUAUUUUACAUAAUAUAGGGAGUAUUGUGCAACAUUGGGCAUUUAUUAAUCAUUACUCAUGUAUGACAUAUAGAAGAGUGAAGACAUAAAAAAAACUAUAUAAAAAAAAAAACAAAAAAAAAUCUGUAUGUAAUUUUGGCUAACUUGUCCAGCAAUUUUGGUGUUUAACCCUAACGAAGCGUUUCAGAUACCUUUACAGGAGAGAAUUACAAGAAGAAAAAGAAAAAAGAAAGAUGCAUUGCGUCUUCUUGCUUUCAGUACGUCACCUAUACUUUAAAAAAAAGAACAA